AAAUCAUUUUUAACAAGCUGAAGGCUGAAGCCUCGCAAGUUACAGAGAAAAUUCGGAAGAGCUUCGGUUUGCUUCGUUUCAUUCUUCCCAUCAAUUAUCCUAAUAUAGUUGACAUUUUUUCUUCUUAAUUUGUUUGUUGUUCAUCGAUUAUUGCUUUCAGUAGCAAUGAAUCCAGUUCCGCAUCAGUUUGCACCUCAACCUCCGUGGUUCCCGGUGCCGCCACCGAAUCCGCCGCCGUCUUCAUGUUCAUCGUUCUGGGACAACCUGAAUGUGCGUGAUCGUUUAAGGGAUUUGCAAGACACUCUCGAUCUCGCCAAGUCAAUGCAGAAAGAGCUUGAAAUGUUGAUGAUAGUUAAAGAGGGAAAUUCAUCCGAGCAGAGUGCGGAUAAUCUGCCUAAUGGUUCUUCUAUUGGUGAAUUUUCUGAUUACUUGAAAGAUAGAAGAAUUAAUUCGGAGUUGCAAGAAUCGCGUUCGGUCGAAAUUGCAGCUGCUUUGAUGAAAAGGUUGAGAGCUCAGCUUCAUCCAUUUAGCCUGGCUACUGAUGAAUCGAGUCUCUCGGAAGCAGUUAAGUUAUCUGGUAAAUUAUUGAAGGCCAAGAGAAAUAAGCAGUGGAGAAAGAAAAAGAGGAAGCGCAUUGCUGAAUCACUCGCAAAGGAACGUGAAAGUUUUGACCAAGUUGAUCAGGAGGCUGAUAAAUGGAGGGCCAGGGAGAUUGCCAAGGAUAUUGCAAAACGCAAGGUGGAGAAGAUGAAAGAGAUUGCAAGAAUUAAAGCAAAAGAGGAGAAAAAGAAGCUAGAUUCUGAGCUUGAACUAGCACUAAUAGUGGAAAAGUUGCAAGAAUUGCGCUCCAUCAGGAUCCAAAAAUUGAAGAAACAAGGUCAUUUUCUACCUGAGGAGGAUGAUAAGUUUCUAGAGAAGGUUCGAGCUGCAGUUGAGGAAGAGGAACGUCAAGCCCUUGCUGCAGCUGAUACUGAUGCUGCCAAGGACGCCAUUGCUACUGCAGAGGUGUCUAGGAAGACUAUUCCGAGUUAUAAUCCUGAAUCAAGGGAUCCAGCUAGUGCUACCAACGGGUCUGAAGAAAGAAAUGAUCAAAGAACUGCGAGUGCAGAUGAUAAGAUCUCCAACACCAGCACUGAUAAAGAGCCUGGGAAACAGUUUGGAGAAGUACAAGGUUAUGGAAGAAUGUAUGAUUAUGCAGUCAACUUACCGAUGGAGUUCUAUCAUUAUUAUUAUGGAAGUAACACUGAUAUGGGCACGUUAAUUGAGGUGAGAAGAUCGUGGGAUGCAUUUAUAAGACCUGGAGGAAGUCGAAUACCAGGACAUUGGGUUCAACCACCACCACCUGCAGAUGAAAUAUGGGCAGCAUAUUUGGUUCGACCAAAAUGAAACCAUCCAACCAUAUGUGCAGAAUUGGUUUUCCAGAAGGUGUUGCUAAAAGAUUGGUAUUCUAUGCUUUGCCAAUGCAUCAAUGAGAAGUUGAUCGUGGAUAUCUGACAUCAAAAGAUUACGAUGAGGCCAUCCCAAUGCAGCUAACAGUUUUUAGACUGGUUGGAUUAUGAGUGAGAAACUCAAAAGUACUUCGACUUUGUAUAUAGUGAUCAGUGGGCAUGCAUAUUUUUUAAUUUACAUCCAACGGUUAUUAAAAUGCAUUCACAUUGUGGUAGCCUCAUUGUAUAUUUUUUUUUUCCCAACGUCGGUAUGUCACUCUGAUCAUGUGCUGCGAUUUGAAUAUUUUUCAGUUUAUCAAGAAGAUAAUAGCAGAUUCUCUGUUUGUGAUUUAACAUCUUGUAAGAGGUUAGCUUCCACUGUGUCGGGUAAAGAAUCAGAUGCAUGAAAAGACUAUCAAGAUAGUUCAUCGUUUUGAAGAUAUUUGAGAGCUAAGAGGGCUCUAUACUUGGAGGAGCCGAAGUCUGUAAUGGGAAUUUGAUUCUGAUUCAGUAUCUUUGAGCUGAA